AUGGAUGGAUCAACACAUUCAUCGGUGUUUCAGAAGCUUCAUGGACAAUCCACCUUGAAAAACAGACUUUCUCCGAGUGUGCAAACACUUAAUCACAGUGUCUCUGGUGCUUAUGUUAAUGGAGGUUUGCAGAGUCUGUCUAAUCAUGGCAUUGGCUCUUCUUCUCUUCUACCACAUGGUUUAUUGCCAGUAUCUGCACAAGCUCCUAACGAGAAAUCUAUUAAUGGUUUCUGGAUCGAUUUCCUCAUGGGAGGAGUCUCAGCUGCUGUUUCCAAGACAGCAGCAGCGCCGAUCGAGCGUGUGAAGCUCUUGAUUCAGAACCAAGAUGAGAUGAUCAAAUCCGGUCGUCUCUCUAGACCAUACAAAGGAAUCAGUGAUUGUUUCGGCCGAACAAUCCAAGAAGAAGGCAUGGUUUCACUUUGGAGAGGCAACACUGCCAAUGUUAUCAGAUACUUCCCCACUCAGGCGUUGAACUUUGCGUUUAGAGAUUACUUUAAGAGUAUCUUCAACGUCAAGAAAGACAAAGAUGGGUAUUGGAAGUGGUUUGCAGGGAACUUGGCGUCAGGUGGUGCAGCUGGUGCGUCGUCUCUGCUUUUCGUCUACUCUUUGGAUUACGCACGUACCCGUUUGGCCAACGAUGCGAAAGUGGUGGCCAAGAUGGGUGGCCAGAGGCAGUUUAACGGCAUGGUUGACGUGUACAGCAAGACCUUAGCCUCUGAUGGCGUCGCCGGGCUGUACCGAGGUUUCAGCAUCUCGUGUGUCGGGAUUGUCGUGUACCGUGCGCUCUACUUUGGACUGUAUGAUUCCUUGAAGCCUGUGGUUCUUGUCGAUGGUCUCCAGGAUAGUUUCUUGGCGAGUUUCUUGCUGGGAUGGGGAAUCACCGUUGGAGCUGGACUGGCGUCUUACCCGAUCGACACGGUGCGUAGAAGAAUGAUGAUGACAUCAGGUGAAGCGGUCAAGUACAAGAGUUCUCUUGAGGCCUUCUCUCAGAUCGUCAAGAAGGAAGGUGCCAAGUCACUUUUCAAAGGUGCUGGGGCCAACAUCCUCCGUGCCGUUGCAGGCGCCGGUGUGCUCGCUGGCUAUGACCAGCUCCAACUCAUUUUCUUGGGCAAGAAAUAUGGCUCUGUAUCAACCGCAAAGCAUAGCCUUCACCACCACACAAGUCCCUCCCCAAACCAUAACCAGCAUCUUCAGCAAGCGUACCGUGCGCUUAAAGCAUGGAAAAAGGUCAUCUAUUCCGAUCCAAAGAACUUGACUGGAGACUGGUUUGGUCCCUUAGUCUGUAGCUACACUGGCAUCUUCUGUGCACCAUCUCCUUCCGAUCCAAGCACUCUAGUUGUUGCCGGAAUCGAUCUCAACCACGGAGACAUCGCUGGUUUCCUGCCUGAAGCCAUUGGCCUUCUCUCUGACCUUGCUCUCAUCCAUCUCAAUAGCAACCGCUUCUGCGGCAUCCUUCCUCGUUCAUUAGCCAAUCUCUCCUUACUCUAUGAGCUCGACCUCAGCAACAACCGCUUCGUAGGUCCCUUUCCAGACGUUGUCCUCUCACUCCCUUCUCUAAAGUUCCUUGACCUUCGUUACAAUGAGUUUGAAGGCCCCUUGCCUCCACAACUCUUCAGCAAUCCUCUCGACGCCAUUUUCGUGAACAACAAUCGGUUAACAAGCCUCAUACCUCGGAAUUUCAAUGGAACUACCGCCUCUGUUGUAGUCUUUGCCAACAACGAUUUCAGCGGUUGUCUGCCUCCAACCAUAUCUCGCUUUGCAGAUACCUUGGAAGAGCUUCUCCUAAUCAACUCGAGCUUGUCUGGAUGUCUACCCCCUGAAGUCGGAUAUCUCUACAAGUUAAGAGUCCUUGACGUGAGCGACAACAGUUUAGUCGGUCCUGUACCUUACAGUCUCGCAGGACUAGGCCGUCUCGAGCUAAUGAAUCUGGAACACAACAUGUUCACUGGCACUCUCCAUCUUGGAGUCUGCGUUCUGCCUAGCCUGAUGAACCUUACCAUCUCCGACAACUAUUUCAAUGAAGAAGAAGGCAUCUGCAAGAACCUGACUUCCAGAGGAAUAGCCUUCGAUGAUCGCAACAACUGUCUGCCUGACAAACCGCUCCAGCGGAGCCAAAAAGUCUGUAAACCUGUACUUGACCACCCUGUAGACUGCAACGACUACAAAUGCUCGGACAUGGCUCCUUCGGUUGCAGCGUCGACAGCUGGACCUGCCACUGCUCCUGGUCCAGCGUGA